AUUGUUCAGAGUUGUGUGGAAGCAGCUGUUUGUCAACUGCAAGUUCCGCUCUAAUUGGCGCGUGAUUACUUUGCAUACACCAGCAGAGGUAUGUCUCGACAGUUGUCUUGGACUUUGCAGUAUUCGCGCGACCAUUGCGUUACCUCAUCGGUACUGCUUGCUGUCGAGUGCAUUAUCGCGAUGUAUGCGAUGUGCUGGGCUACCCAACUCAUCUGCAUUUCUUGCCUGCUUGUUUCCUAAAAGCUCAGUCUUGGAAUAUGCUUCAGCUCUAACACUUUCCAGUCCUGCAGAACAUUGCCAAAAUGGGCGAGUCGAAUGGAGCUGAAGAGAAUGGAAGUUCCUUUCCUUCAGGAACGCUUGCAAAAUUGACAUGCGAUAUCCUCAACGAUACCUUCUAUAAUAUAAUUCAUGAUAUAGUUGCGAAGGUGCAUCGCGACGAAAAGGUCUCCCGUAUGCGCUCAGCGGUCGUUACUGCAAGGCAAAAAGCCGAUGAAGAGGCAUCCAAACGUCGUGAAGAGAGUGGGAAGCCAGCUGGUGCAUUUAAGCCCGGUGAUCUUGACCUUGAGGAACUUAAGGAUAUACAUGUGGAGACAGAUGCGGCUGUCUUUGAUGAAGGCAAGGUUUACCUCAAGGGAAACCCUCUCCAAACCACGAAAGAGAUCAUCUGUCCGGAGUGCCGAUUGCCUCGUCUAUUAUACCCAGUAACGGGUGUCGGGGCUCGGGCUCCCCCAGAUCCAUAUCGGGAGUAUUGCCAGAAGCAGCCUAUGAUCAACAAGCCGGGGCACGAUGUUCAUGGAAACCCGUUUGCCACGGACAAGCUGAAUCCGAAGAAGAAGAAACAGACAAAUACGUCCAACACUCCAGCUUCAAGCCCUCCCACAACGCCUGACAGUUCCUUCAAACAAGCAGCCCCAGAAAAGGUGUCCUUCCCGACUGUGAAAUGCCCGAACUGCCCGAGAUACUUUGUUGUAACUCGAGUUGCACAGCACCUGGACCGGUGCUUGGGUUUAUCAGGGCGACAGACCAACCGCAACAAGACCCCAAUGGAAAAUGGUGCCAGUACACCCAGUUCUGCUCCACCUAAGCGUCCACUAGUGGAUGACGACGUUCCAGCAACUCUUCCGACGAAGAAGAAGAAGUUAGGAGCCCCCAAAAAAUUGUCAGGGAAGAAGCCACCUCCGCCUAGCAAGCUGAAAAACGGGCUUACGCCAGACAUGGCCGCAGCAAGUGACGCCGCCGGCUCUGGUGACGGGGACAUCAAGAGUGAAGCGAACGGGGAUAACUCUUAAGCCUUCGGUGUUUCUUUCUCUCUUUCUUUUCUCUUCUUUUCUUUCCACACCUUAUACCUUUCUACACAUCCCUUUCAACAUUAUUUUUACCUUGCUUCUUGCAGACUGCAGACCUGUUUGCGUUGGACAAGGCCUUGGACAUAUCUCCGUUUGCUUAACGAUAUUGACGUAAAUACCCGGCAUCAACGGCGUCGACGGGAACCUCCUACCUUAGUACUCUCGAGUCGAAUAGGGACCUGCUCGGCAUCGUCUCUAGCCUUUCUCUUUCCGUUUCUUAUUAUAGGUGUUGUGUGCUGUUCUCUUGAAUGAUAGAUUUUUAUGCGGUUGUAUGUACAAUAUUCUGGCAAUAGGUCAGUUCGGGGUUUACAAUCAAUCGAUUGGUUUAAGAUUGG